AUGGCUAAUUUGAUCUUUCGCUUCGGGGGCGGUGUCAAGUGGCGGCGCUUCGUUGGCCUCGGCGAUGACAUCUGCGGGGGCGACGGGAAGGUGUGGCGGCCGCACGCCGUCCAGCUGGACCACCCCAGAGGAAGCAAGCCCCCGUGGUUGCAGUUCCGAGGGCGGUACGGGGGGACCCGCUGCAUCAUGUCGGAGGCGUUUUGGAGGUGCGGGGGCGAACCUCCCCGGCGUUGCAGCGCGGAGGCGAAAUACCGCAGCGUGUUGGAGGAGGGACUGGUACCAGACCGAGGGGUGAGGCUUGGCCCUUCCCGAAGGAUGCUCCACGGGAACGGAGACCGGGGUGUUUGGCUCGAGAGACACCGACAAACGGAAACCCGUGUACCCUUUCUUAACACGUGGACAGGAGUGCCGGGAUUGAGCUCCUCCAGACCUCGAGAUCAAGACCCUCCGAAGACGACUGGCCGCGUGUGGCUGGCCGGUUGGGGCUUCCUCCGAGACUUGGACGGGGGCUCGACAGACAGUCGCGGUUGGUCAUACCACAGCAGCCAAGCAGAUUACGCCGACACUGGCAUCGCUGGGGCCCCGAAAAACAAGGGGAUUCUGGCGCACCGCUCUCGGGGGAGGGUGUGGUUCCGCGUUGCUGCCACACCCGAGGUGGCAAGGGAGGUGGAGGAGGCCCGCCGAAGAGAUAACGGGCGACACCCCCCCAGGGCCUUCGCCCUUGCAGCUCUAGACGUGGCCGGUCACGGAGAGACGGUGACGGCUGCAUCUCUCCUGCGCACCCUUGGGGACGGCGUCCGCGGUGCUAGCAGCAACACAGGAGCCCGGGAGGCUGCCGUCAGUAGCACCACCGCAUCUUCUGGCGGCGGCGGCGGCGGCGGCGGCGGCGGUGACCAAUGUAUCGCUCGACGCGAGCUGGGUUCCGACAGAAGAGCGGGACAGGAAGGGAUCGUGUCGUUCGGCAGCGUUGCCGCGCGCAACCUUGGGUGACGGUGCUGGCAAAGACCGAAAGUUCAUGAGUACAGCAGUGCGCCUGCUCGCGUGUACAGUAGACGUCUCGAAAAUCAGUGGAAUUGCUUCCGGUUUACUAGUGGUGCAAUUGAUGGCUGUGGCAAUCACAGUUUCAGCGGCAUUGCUUUCGAUUUCUUGCCGUUCGGUUUGUGUGGAUGCAGAAAAUCGCGGUUGAUAUUGGAGUCAAGACCGUUGGACACAGAUGUGCCGAUUUACUCCAACCGAAAUCCCAGAUUCGAGAUUCUGCCUCCCUGCGAAACGCGAGCUCCUUUUCUCCCAUGCAGCCCCGAUAUUAACAUUCCGCU